AUGGGUGAUGAAAGAACGCUUUCUCUUCUACAUCUCCGGAAAACGUUUUCGGAAUAUUUAAAGAUUCCAGUUUCCGGAGCUCGGCCAAAUGAUCCCAACAGGCUUCUUCCACUUUUUCAUAAAGUUAUGUCAAUGUAUACAUCACAAGAAUUAGCAAUCGAAUUUAAAGAAAUUGUACAUUUUGCCACAUUUUUAUGUAGUGUUCUAGUGAAAGAAGUUAGGCAAAGAGCUGCGUCAAGUGGAACUAUCGAAGCCGCUCAAAGUAUUUCCGAAUUUCUAGAACCUGGCAAAAUGGGAUGGCCGAUUCUAGAAAGUAUUCGAUUUUUGUUAGCAGCGUGAGUUUUUUCUGAAUUUUCUCCCACAAUUAAAUAUUUUUCUUAUUCAGAGAAGACGAAGUUAUGAUAAAUGCUGCGUGCAAAGUAUCACUUCCAUCAACUCUCGUGAAAACAAUAUAUUUAUUUUUCGACCUUCCAGCCGCUGAGAAUCCAGAAAAUCGAAGGGAAGAAUUAUAUGAAAUGGUGUCGACGAUAAUGGAAGGAUUAUGUAAAUUCAAGUAGGGAUUAAAAAACUCAAAUUAUCUAAAAUAAUUCUGCUGAAAUUAAAAUUUGCAGAUGUGUUUCGGAAGAACUCGUUCGAAAAGAUGAUCUUCUUCUACUUUUUGUUGGUACAACUUCACAAGUCAGUGAAAACAAUAAUAAUUGGCGAAAACUUUGUGCCAAACUACUCGAAGUUAUUGCCGAUAAAUCGCUAACGAAUGCAAUUAUAAAAUAUGUGGUGGUCAAAAAAUGUGUGCGAAUUUAUGUGAAGAAUUUGAGUCAGGCGAAUUUGGAUGCACAAAAAACGGCUGAGGCGAUUAUUUGUUUGGCGUGUUUUUUGAAAAAUUCAGCGUAUUUGACGGAUCAGUUAUUGCAAGAAUUUUACGAGGCAGAUGGGUGAGUUUUCACUGAACAAAAAAUCUGGAAAUGAGCUUAUUUCAAAAAAAAAAAAGAAUUUCACGUUUUAAUUUGCAAAAAAACGUUACACGUUUCACCAUUUCACUCAUUUCUCAAUUUAUUUUUCUCCCAAUCCGGCUGAAAAUGAUAAAAUUCUUUCUGUUCGAAAGAAAAUCCCAAGUGAGUUUCUAAAAAAACUAACAAAAAAACAAUAUAUUUUCCAGAUACACAAUGAUCAAAGAAUUCUUGCUACGAAAUGAAAAAGAUGAAGAACUUGUGCGAAAUAUUCUAAUAAUGACAAUCUCUCUAAUAACAUCGGGAAAAUUCGAAAUUCUUCCACAAUGGACAAGUGGCCUUGUACAACUUCCUAAUUUUCAACUCCCUCAGCCAAUUGGAAAUGGUUCAAGUGUUCGAAAUCUCAACGCCUUUUCACUACUUUAUCAUGUUUUUAUUGAGGUAUUUUUAUAUGAUUUUAAGAAGACUGAAUUUACCUUAUCAUAUUUUUUGCAGAGUUCAAAUGAGCAAGUUAGCUGUACAGUAAUCGAUAUUCUUCAAUCAAUUUAUAGUUGUGAUCAUGCAAAUUAUUUCAUUUUGGAUCGCGAAUAUCCACUUUCAAUAUUUAUUGAUCAAUUGGAAAGAAAAACCCAGAAAACUAGACUGAAGUUAGUGGAAUUAGUCGAGUUUGCAGUUUUUCAGUUGUCACAUAUUCCAUGUAGAGAAUUGAUUAGUCUUUGUGUUCUAUUGAAAACUGAAAUAUCCAAUGGAAAAACUGAAAUGUGCACAAUAAUAGUUCAAAUGUGUUUCAAAUUAAUAACAAUUGAUGCAAUAAUCAAAGAUGCAUUUCGAGAAGUCGGGUUAUUAGAUUCACUUUGUUAUAUAAUUCGAAAAAUUCGUGAAGAACAACCGAAAAAAUGUGAAAAUAUGAUGAAAUUGGCACUUUUGACAACUGAUUUAUUGACAAUUAUUAUUAAAAAUAAUAUUGAAAAUGGGAAAUUAUUCACAGAAUGUUUUGGUGCAAGAUUACUUGUUGAAAUAAUUGGAGAAGUUGAUGAAGAAUGGAGAAGUUCACUUUUACAAUUAUUGAAACAAUUAUUAAUUAUUGCACCAACUGAUCAAUAUAUUGUUAAUGUUGUUAACGUAAGUAGAAAUCGUUAUAAUGAAAAAGUAAUAAUCUCAAUGUUUCCAGAUUCUCAACGAAAAAUCACCCUUGGACAAUCUUCCGACAAUGUUCAGCCUUUUAAAAGCUCUUCUAGGAGUUGUUCGAGAAUCGCACAAAGUUCGAAUACAAUUUCGAAAAUCUGGAGGAUUUUUGGCACUUUGUGCAUUAAUUUUAGGAUUGGAGAAGAAGUUUGAGGAUGUUGGAGAUGGAGAGAAAGUUUCGAAGGAGUUUUGCGAAAUUUUGGAAUUUUUACAUCUGAUUUUCAAGGUUUUCACAUUGAGUAUGCGAUUUGAACCAUCGAAUGCCAAGUAUUUUGGAUCUGAGGUAGGAGAUUUGAUUUAAAAAAAAAAUUAAAUUUGGAUUCAGAAAAAAACGGGGGCUUCAAAAGGCCUAAUUUUUUCGUUAAAAAAAUUUUCUCCAUAUUUUUCCUUUUCAAAAUUUGAUUAUGAAAAUUAAAUUUUCAAGGCAGAUUUUCGCGUUCAAAAAUUUCAAUUUCUGGAAACUUCACUCUGAAAACCAUCUAAAACUCCAAAAAAAUAUUUUCCAGAUUUCAUGGGAUAGUAUAACUUCACUCCUCCGUCUAACUUCAAUUUUCAACGAAAAUACCGUAGUCUCGACAACUGAACCAGAAUGGAAAAUUGGAGUAUCCGAAAUUUCCGAUGAAAUUUCAGCGUGUCAUGAGGUUUUCAAAAUGGAUGAUAAUAUUGAAGCCGGGUUUGUUUUUUUUUCUUCAGAAGUUUUCAGAUUCUUCAUUUUUUGCAGAAAUGUUCCCGCUGGAAUGCCAUUCAAAAUUUAUUUUGGUUGUUAUAUUAUUCGACUGAUUUUCAAUAUGGCUCUUGAUAAUUAUGAGAAAAUGCAAAGUGAUAUAAAAUGGACUGAAGGAACUCUUGAAGAAUCGAUUGUAACGUGGAAUUCAUCGAUUUUAGUUCAUCCGGGAGCAAUUAUUUCGAUGUUGAAUUUAUUGCCUGGAAUUGGAGCUGAAAAUCAACAAUCUUCAAAUAAUUCAAUCUCAAAAUGGACUGUUGGUGCACAAUAUUAUGUAUCACUUUUAUUAAAAACAAUUUUGAAAAGUGAACGAAAUCAACAAAUAAUGUGUCAAAUUGAUAUGCCAAAAUAUUUGCUCGAAAUUUCAUCGAAACUUUUUCAAGCCACUGAUCAACAAAAUGAACAUAUUCUUAUGCAACCAUUUUAUUAUUUACUCGAAAGAUUGUCUUAUCAAUCAUUGACACCAAAUCAAUUGAGACAAUUUUUGAGAUUGGAUAAUCCAUUGUGUUGUAGAAGUUUGGAUGAAGAAAUUGGAGGAGAAAUUAUGAUUUAUGAAGGUGGACCUGUACCAUUGCAAAGGUGUGUAAAGUGGGGAUUAAAAUCCACGUGGAAAUUUGUGAAUUCACAAAAUGUGGCGUCAAAAUCCAUGUGGAAAUUGAAUUUUGAAAAAGCUAAAAAUCGAUAUUUUCUAUCCUAUCUAUCUUAAUUUUUUGCAGAGUCAAAGCACUUGUUUCAAUGAUGACUCCGCGUGAUCAACAGAUUGGAACAGCUCCAAGUUUUGUUGAAUUCGACAUGUCAAUUGAAGGUUUUGCCGCAAUUUAUCUACCAACUUUGGCACCAAUUUUCUCAACACCAACAAAAAGUGAACGAAUAUUUCCGCCCCUAAAUGGAUUCACUUAUUGUUCGUGGAUUUAUUUGGAUACUUUGAGUGAUAAAAAAUUGGAUCCUCAUCCGGUUCGAUUACUUACAAUAACUCGAGCGGUUACUGGUGGAAAUGAGAAAAAUAAUAGCAAAAAUUUGGCAUGUUUUCAAGUUCAAUUGAGCGCAAUUGAUCGAAGCAUUUUAAUAUCAACUGAUGAAAAUGAUCAACCAGGAACUGAUUUGGAAAAGAAAAUGGCAUCGAUAUCAACAAUGAAUGAUAAAAAUAUCCGAAUUUGUGUGGCUGACAUUGUACGGGUUGGAGAAUGGUUUCAUCUUGCUGUCAUAUUCAAUCGAAGUGUUUUGAAAAGUUCGCAAGUUUCGAUUUUCAUCAAUGGAAAACAUAUUGCAACACAAAAAUUGAUGUAUAUCUCGCAAAAUGCUGGAGCAAACACGAAUUCGUCGCAGAGUCUCGCGCAAACACAAGCGGUUAAUGCCGCAGUUGGAACAUUGCCAGCGCUUCGAAGACCCUCGAGAUUGAGAUUUCGAAUGGCCUCGAUUAUUUUAGUGGAAGAACCAAUGAGUCCCGAAUGUGUUAGACAAGUUUAUCAAUUACAACCACAUUAUAUUGGCAAUUUUCAAACUGUUGAGAAAUGUGCGAUGGCUUUGGUGCAAGAGGAAAAGGUUUGCAAGAUUUUGAACAAAAAAAUCUAGAUUUUUCUGAAAAGAUGUGUUAACUCCCAUUCAUAAAAAUAUUCAUCAGAAUACAAUUUUUCAUCCGAAUUUUUUCCUUGAUUAUUUUUUUAAAUCAUAAAAAAAAUUCGAAAGAAAUCCAGUUUUUCGUAUUCAAAACUGAAAAAAAAUAAUCUAGAAAAAUACGUUUCAAAAUUUAAACAAAGGUAUUUUUAUUCUCAAUCUUUCCGACUUGGUUCCAAUAUAUAUUUUUCCAGAUAGUAUUUUCUUUGUCUGCUGCUGCCACUCAAGAACUAACUCUUGCCAAAAUUCGAGCAAUGUAUGGAAAAAUCGAGGCUGAAAUUUUAUCACAUCAUGUAACUUUUUUUUUUCAAAUUUAAUUUUCAUCUCACACUUUUUUUUCCAGCUUGGCAUUUCUCCAAAUGAUCACAGUACACCGCUUCGUGUUCUAACCAACACAGUUUCGCACGCACCAGGACCGGGAAGAAGUUUUGGUGGAGUUAUUGUUGGAUAUUUGGGAAUGCGGACUUUUACACCAAGACCUGUGCCAUCUUUAUUGGAUUCGAUUGGUGGAUUUGCAUGUAUUUAUGGUCAGUGUAGUUUUUCUGAUGAAAAAUUUGGAAUUCAUCUAUUGCCACGUAAUAGGCCACAAAUUGAAUUUUUGAAAAAUUAGAACAUUUCAUAAAUCUCACAAAAGUUUUAGGCGAUUUAGAAUUUCAAAUCUUAAUAUUUAAAUUUCCUUUCAAAUGUUAAAUAUUGUCCUUCCAGGUCUUAUCGCAAUGGCUGUUGAUUCUGAAGGUCUCUAUGCCUCUCUCAAAUCUCUUGUUUCUGCAAUUCGGUCGAAUCCAAAAUUAUUGGCAACAUUGAACAAUAAUCGAAGUUAUCAAAUUCUUGCUGUACUUCUCGAGGACAAGUCGAAAAUGUUGAAUUCGCAUAUUAUGCAUAUGGUUUUUAAUGUAACUGGAACUGCUGAUACUUCCAAAGAGCAUGCGACUAUUCCGAAUCCACCGGUAUAGUUUUUUUUUUCAAAAUUGUACUUACGAUGAGUUUUUGUCUCGAAAUUAUCAUUCAGACAAGCUUGUUUCAAACACCAUAGACUUUUUUUUCAGGCAUUUGAGGAUUUGUUGUGCGACUUGAAAGUUUGGAAAGCGGCGCCUGUUGAAUUGCACAAAAUGCUGUUUGAACAUUUUUAUGAGCUGAUUACUGAGUGAGUUUUUUCUACCAAAAAAAAACUCCUCGAAUACCCGAAUCUUUUUCCAGUCAUCAAAUCAAUAAUCUACAAAUAGUUCGAAAAUCGUCGCUUCUUUCUCGACUUCUUUUAACAAUUUAUGAUGAUCCACAAAUCACUCAAAAUACCGACGAAAUUGUAUUCAAUCUAAUUUCUGCUAUUCUUCAACCUCCAUGUGACACCAAAAGUAUUCUGAAAAUUGGGCAAAUUGUUGGUGCAACAUUAUCUGGAUCUUCUGAAGUCGAAGAAGCGCCAUUUCAUAUUUCAGAAUUGCAAAAGUUAUUUUUGGCGGAACCAAGUUCGAAAAUUCAUUUGAUUUAUAUCAGAAAUCGACUUUUGAAUAUGUUAUCCAAUUUUUUAUCGAAUUCAAAUUCUCAAAUUCAAGCAACACUUUCUGAUCAAAUUGUCAAAGUUCUUGGAUUCGAUUGGCUUUUUGCAUUAAUGACACCUGGUGUACAUUCUGGAACUCUUUAUCUUGCUCUUCGAAUUUUAUUACUUAUUCUAAAUCAACCUGUUCAAUUAGCAAGAUUCAAAGAAGGAACAUCAAAUGGUGGAUGGUUAUCUGAAGCAGAUUCAGUUGUUCGAAAUCGAGCUGCUGUUGUUUUGGGUUUCAGUGUGUCAGCGAAUUCGGGAAGUGUUGGAAGUAAAAUUGAUAUAAAUCCGGAAAUUGCGAAUUGUGGAGGAUUUGGAGCGUUGGAGCAUUUAAUGGCUGCGCAUGCUGAAAAACCUUGGCCAUAUUAUGCAAUGUUGUCGAUUCUUGUUGGUCAACCAAUUUCGAAUUUAAGAUAUUGCGAACAAUUUAAUAUGGAAUUAGUUUGGACUCAUGUUUUUGGAUUGAGCUCGAAAUCGUCGGUUUUUGAAGCAAUUAAUGGAGCCAAUUUUUGUUUUGAUGCUCUGAUCCCAUUAUUUUCAAUGUGUCGAGCAGCAAUUCAUAAUUCAGAAGAAAAAAUAGGAGAAAAUGCGAAUACUGUCAUCCAAAUGAUCACAUUUAUCUAUCAAAAUUCGGCGGCAUUUUUCCAAAUCGCUCAUACAGAUGAAUUUAUUUUGGCACUUUUUUCGUCGUUGAUUCAGGAUACGAAUUCGAUGGGAGUACAAAGACAAAUGAGAAAAGCGUCGCAUGAUUUUUCGCCGGAUCCCGAAUAUUUUCAAAGUUGUAAGUUUCUUGGCUGGGGUGGGGUGUUGCCAGAAAAAAAUAGGCUUCCAAAUUUUUCAAAAAAUCAUUCAUAGGAGUACCAGUCUGAUUUUUAUUCAAAUAAGUUUUAUUUAAAAAAUGAAUUUCAAUUUUAACCAAAACAUUUCAGUUUUGUCACAACCAAAUGUCAAAAUGAUAAUGGAUCUUCUCAAGAAAAUCAUAUCGGAUAAUUUGCAAACAAAUAGCUCAAAAACAGAUACAUUAAUCGAUAUUCUUAUGGAAAAUAUUGCCGAAUCUGGAAUAACUCGAAAAACUCAAAUAGCUUGUCUAACUCAUCUUCUUCAUUCAACACUUGAACAUGUUGUUGCAACUGAUCUUCUAACAUCUUCCGCUCUUCCACCAUCACAACAACCACAACAAAUUGCUCAGAUUAUACAAAAUAUAUCGAAUUUGUCGAGUCGAGCUGUUGAUGGAUAUUGGAAUGGUUUGAUAAAUCAAGGAGAAUCAAUUCGAAUGUUGAGCACUUUAUAUCAUUUACAAUCAAUUAUUUCGGCGAAAAAAUGCGAAUCUGGAAAUGUUGUUAAUGGAAUUAUGCGAAUUAGUUUAUUUAUUUUGAGCCGACCAAUUGAUUGUGUUCCUGUUCAACUUGCUGUUUUGGAUGCUUUGAGUUCAUUGGUAUCGAAAAGAUAUAUUUUCCUUGCAUCAAAUGAGCCUUGGUUUUAUGCGAGUUUAACUCAUCUCAUUUUUAUGUUAAGUGUUACUCCUGAUGUUUUAUUUACUGGUGGAAAUGAUUUGGAUAGAACAUCUGCACAAGUUGCAUUAUGUGCAACAAGAGUUUGGACUGAUUUGAUUAUCCCGAAACAAGCAUUGAUUGAAGAAGUUUUUAAAAGACCAACUGUUUCUGAAAUCAAUGCAGCACGUGCUCUUCUCGCACAUUCUGCUGGAACACAUUGGCAACAAUUUGUUGAUUCACAAUUACGUGGAACUAGUCAAAAUGUUCCGCUAUCGGCAACAACAAAAGAAAUGAUAUCAAGUCGAAUUACGAAAGUUGCGACUGGAAUUUCGAGAUUUGCAGCAGCGAGAAGUUUAUCGGUUACACAGACACAAUCACAAAUUGUUAAACCAUGGAGAUGUGCUGGAAAUGCUGUUGAUGCUAAUGUUAUUUUUAUGUGGUUGAAAGUUCAUAUUAGUUUGAUUAAAGAAUUAUUGAGAGCGCAGAGCACGAGGUUUGUACUUUUGGGAGGGAGUAUUAAAAAUAGUUGAGGUCAAGUUCAUGAAUACAGUCAACACUAUCGAAAUUAUAAAUUGUAAAUUUUUUUGUAAAAUAUUUUCAUUUAAAAAAAUGAAGAUACUUUGGAUUACUGUAACUUUUUAUUUUAAUUUGAAAUUUCAGAACUCAGUUUUUCGAUAAUCUGACGUUUAUUUAAAAAAAAAACGAAACAUUUCGUAACGAAUCUUUUUUGUAGAUAUGAUGAAUGGCAUGCUCAUGUUCGAAAAUGGUGUCUUCAUGAUUGGCAUCAAUGUGAAGCCGAAUUAACUCGAGAAAGAGGAAUUUGGGGACCGGAAAGAGCAUCGAAACUCGAAAAAUUCAAACUUGAUCUGACUGAGGGACCGACCAGAAUUCGUCGAAAAUUGAUACCACAUCGAACAUUUUAUCAUCUUUAUCCAUAUCGACCACAUCUUGAUAUUCCAACUGCAAAAGCACAACGAGCUAAAGUUGCCAUAUCACAUGAUUCCAAAUUAUACUAUGAGCAAUGCUCGAAAUUUCGUAAACGGAUUUUAGAUGUGAGGAUUAUUGAUUCGAGUGCAACUGUUAGUACACCAAGCGAGGAAAAAACUGCGAUUUUUACUAGUUUUACUGAUUUAUCACGUAUGUUUUUGAUAUACUGUAGGGUUGUUCUUUAAAAAAUAAAUGAAAUCUUUCAGAAAUCAAUUCAUCAUUAAUUCGCCGAUUAUCAACUACAGUAGUUCCUGCAACAUUGCCAGCUCAACAAUCUGAAUCAGUUGAAAUAAAUGAAGAAGAAGAAGAAUCACCGGAGAAUUCCGAAUCUAUUUCUCAAGCUUCACAAACUCAGAGUCUGUCCCAGUCACAGGCUCAAACAACAACAACAACAAAAGAGCCUGAGCAACCAGUUGUUGAGAAAAAACCGGGACCAGAUAAUCAGACAUUGUUAAGAUUAUUGGAACAAGGUGAACAACUUCAUUCGAUGUUCAGAUGUGCAAGAAUUCAAGGAUUAGAAACAGCUGAAGGAUUAUUGCUAUUUGGAAGAGAACAUUUUUAUGUUGUUGAUGGAUUUACACUUUUGAAGACCAAGGAAAUUCGAGAUCUUGAUUUUUUGAGCUCCGAGUAAGUUUGACUUUUGGAAAUGACAACCAGGUGGUCUAUGUGAAAAACAAAUAUUUUAAUUUUAGUUUAUAAAAAAAUAACAGUUCAGAUUUUUAUUGCGCAAAAAAUCCCCAAAUUAUUUUUAAAUUUUGGUAGCUAGUUCUCCAAAAAAACCAAUUGUUUUACAGCAUGCAUGAUCCAAUUGUUCCAUAUCCAGCAACUGGAGCAACACAACCUCCGAAAUCUUCAAGACUCUGUUCAAAGUUUAGCUAUAAUAUGAUUCGAGAAGUUCAUAAAAGGCGAUAUCUUUUACAACCGAUUGCUUUGGAAGUUUUCAGUUCGGAUGGAAGAAAUUAUCUAUUAGCAUUCCCGAAAAAGAUUCGAGAUCGAGUUUUUGAUAAAUUGACAUCGAUGGCAACAAGAUUAUCAGAUAAAGUUGAUUUAUUGGGAAGUCAAAAAGUUGGUGGAGCAUUAUUGAAUUCAUUGAUUCUUAUUGGACAACAAAGUGUGACUCAGAAAUGGUUGAAUGGAACUAUUACGAAUUUCCAAUAUUUGAUGCAUUUGAAUACAUUGGCUGGAAGAUGUUAUAAUGAUUUAUCACAAUAUCCGAUAUUUCCAUGGAUUGUUAAAGAUUAUCAAAGUGAAAUAUUGGAUUUUACGAAUCCUGGUUUGACUUUUAGAGAAUUGGGAAAACCAAUGGGUGCACAAACACCAGACAGAUUGGAACAGUUUUUGAAAAGAUAUCGAGAAUGGGAUGAUCCAUCAGGUGAAACACCUCCUUAUAUGUAUGGAACACAUUAUUCAUCUGCAAUGAUUGUUGUAUCAUAUUUAGUUCGAUUGGAACCGUUUACAUCACAAUUUUUGAGUUUACAAGGUGGACAUUUUGAUUUGGCUGAUCGAAUGUUUCAUAGUGUUGGAGAUGCAUUUCAAAGUGCUGCCAAAAAUAAUAUGGCUGAUGUUAAAGAAUUGAUACCCGAAUUCUUCACACUUCCCGAAAUGUUUGAAAAUCGAAAUUCGUUUGAUCUUGGUGUUAAACAAAACGGAACACUUGUAAAUGAUGUUGUUCUUCCGAAUUGGGCAUUGGGAGAUGCGAGAGAAUUUGUUAGAUGUCAUAGACAAGCAUUGGAAAGUGAUUAUGUAUCAUCACAUUUGCAUGAAUGGAUUGAUUUGAUUUUUGGAUGGAAACAAAAUGGAGAAGAGGCUGUGAAGGUGAGUAAACGGGAUUUUGAUUGAUUUUUUUGGGGAUAAUUUCUCAUACGGUUCUAAAAAAUUUGAAAUCCUUGAUUACGUUAAUUGUCCGAUUUUUUGUUAAACUUUUUUUUUAACGUUUAAGUAGCUUCUAUUAAAAAUUACCUUGUAAGUAUAAGUUAAAUUUUUCGUUUAAAGUCUUGAAUAUUUACCUCGAAAAACUAUUACAUUUUGAAUUCAGGCAAUUUUUGAAAGUUUGAAAUAUUUCCAAUUUUAUUCACUAUCGAAACAUUUCUAAUUUCUCCAGGCCAACAAUUUAUUCCAUCAUCUUUUCUACGAAGGAAGUGUGGAUUUUGAAAGAAUCGAUGAUCCGCUCACAAGAAAUGCAACAAUUGGAUUUGUCAAUAAUUUCGGUCAAAUCCCAACUCAACUCUUCAAAAAACCACAUCCACAGAAAAAAGUGAAUAUUCUUGAAGGAUACAGUAAUACGCCUGGUGUAACAACACAAAGACUAUUUUAUCACGCGAUUCAUAAUUUGACACCGCCACAAACUCCGUAUAAAGGUAUCAAUUUUUUGGAUAUUCACAAUAAUCUUCUAAAAUGUUUUGCCAAAAAAGUUUUUAAAUAAAUUCUAUAUUAUUUCAGAACUUCGAUCUGCUGUUGGAAGUAUAAAUCAAAACGAUAAAAUUGGAGUUGUCGCUUUGGAACAAAACAAAGUUUUAUUAACUGGAUCAAAUCGUUUUGUGACUUGGGGAUUGCCUGAUCGAAGUGUUCGAAUUGGACAAAUCGACUCGGAUAAAUCAGUUUGUAUUCAUGAAAUGUGUGAAGUUGAUGAAAUGACUUGUGUAGCAGCUGGAGAUGAAUGGACAUUAUUCUAUGGAAAUACAAAUGGUUGUAUUACGUAAGUUUCUUAUGCUCAAUUCGAGAAGGUGACACAUGUAAACUUCUAUAAUGAGUUACCAUUUUUAAAAGUUAUUUUGUUCCCUCCUCUUUAUUUUCUAAUUUUUCAGAGUUUGGAAUGUUAAUACGAAGCCAUUAUCAAUGAAAAAAGUGUCAGUUCUCAAUGGUCAUUCGGAUGCUGUAACAUGCCUUGUUUCUUGUCAAUCUCACGCUGUUCUUGUCUCUGCUUCUCGUGAUUCAACUGUUCUUAUUUGGCAUCUUUCUGAAAUGUUCCUAAUCCGUCAACUCGCAAAACAUCCACAACCUGUUGUUGCUGUUGCAAUCAAUGAUUCGACUGGUGAUAUUGCAACAGCUUCUGCUACUUUAUUACAUGUUUGGACAUUGAAUGGUGCAUUAUUGGCGAAAAUCAAUACUUGUGACGUGGCACCAACUAUUGAUCCACAACAAAUGAUUAUUAGUUUGGCCUUUUCGACGGUACUUUUUUUUGGAAAAAAACAUUUAAAAUAUAAUCAAUAAUUUUGUUUCAGAUGAAUGAAUGGGAUAAUGAUAAUGUUAUAAUGUGUGGAACAUCUGAUGGAUGUGUCAAAAUAUAUUCAUGUGUUAUGGUUGAAAAUGAUGGAACAAUUCAGAAAACAACAGAAGAGACUAGUAACUACAGUACUCCUGAAUCAUCAAAUAAAUCCAUUCAAAUCGCAGCGAGACUUGAAAAACAGCGAAGACGAUUAAAGGGAGGAGGAGUUUCGAUGAGUACUGUAGCAUCAUCUGAAGAUUCAGCAGCAUCUUCCGAACCAGCUAGUCCGAAAUUCAAUAAUUCAUCAGAAAUGAAAGAUGUAAUUGGAGAUGAUACACAGAAAUAUGUUCGAGUUUUGGUGCAACGAACUGCUUUAACAAUGCAUACUGCAUUCAAUCGACCUGAUAAUAUUCAUCCGGCACCAAUAACAGCAAUUGCACCAAGUAGAGAUCAUAAAUGUUUAUAUAUUGGUGAUGGAAUUGGGCGAGUUUGGUGUUGGCAAAGUGGAGAAGGCGGUGGAAGAGCGGAUCAUUGGGUGCAAGAUGUAACAAGGCAACGAUGCGAUGAUUGUGAACAUAAAUUCAGUUUGGCUGAUAGGAAACAUCAUUGUCGAAAUUGUGGACAGAUUUUUUGCUCUUCGUGAGUUUUUUUAAGGAUAGGAAAAUUUGUUGGAAGUUAGGGCUAGAACAUGCGAUACAAAUUUAAAGAUUUUCAAAACUGUUUUGUUAAACAUUCUAAAAUAAGUUCAACAAAUCCUCAAUUUCGAAAAAAAAACCAAUUUGAAAUUUCUCGAGUUCAAAAUUUUUAAAACCUUGUUUUUCAGAUGUUCUCGAUUCGAAUCUCAUAUAACUCGAAUGAAUAUCAGUCGACCUGUUCGAGUUUGUCGAAAAUGUUUUCUGAGAUUACAACAAAAUUCAUAA